AUGGUCGGCCGCAAGGGGCGAGUUGCGCACCCACAGCUCGUCCUCGGGGAUGCCGGGUACGAGUGGUCCAGCCGAGUCGUCGUCAGCGCCACCUGCGGGUGUGAGAGCACCCGAGCCGCCCAAAAGGUCCUCGUCGCCGACUACGCCAUCGUUAUCACCGUCGGCGCCAUCGAGAUCCCAUGCUUCUGCUGCUUCCUCGGCCGCAACUCCAUCGGUGGCCAUGGGGUCAGGCUCGAUCUCACCCGCAGCCCACGAGUCGAGGCCGCGAUCACCCGCAUCGCCCUCGUAAUCGACCGCCGAGGGCUCGCCGUUCGCGGCGGCGGCGAGAGCGCGAUCAAAGAAGCUCUCGGUGACGCCAACCGAAGGCCAGUUGUGCUCGAACGUCGGCACAAUGACCGGCGGGGGGCGCAAUGUCGAACGCUUGAUCGGUGGGACGACACCGGCCACAUCCUCCUCGGUCAGGCCGGCGGCCGUCAGGACUUCUUGCGCGAGCUCCUCAAGUCCGUUCGUCUUGGCCGUCAUGUACGCCAGGGGAAAGAGGCCGACUUCGCGAAGAAUGGCGAUUCGAGCCUCGACGUUGCCGAGGUACAGCGCGUUGUGGAAGCGCGACAUUUGGUCACCACGCAUCUCGGCGAUCUUGGACAUCUUGCUGAGUUUUUCGGGGUGUCCCGUGAUGAGGUAAAGGAACGACAAGCGAUCGAAGUUUUUGGUGCGCUGGUAAGCAAUCUCGACGAUCUGA